AUGUCAUAUGCCGUGGCGCCCACCGGCGCGAGGACGCGCCUCAUGAGCGAGAUGAGGGCGUUGCGGAAGGAGAAAUGGAUACACUUUGAAGAUGAUGACACAGACAACAUUCUCAAGUGGCACUUCGGCCUCAUGGUAAUCAACUCCGAGAGCGCCUUCAACGGCGGCUACUUCAGGGCGGAAAUGGUCUUCACCGACGAGUACCCGUACCAGCCGCCCAAAUUCCGCUUCCUAAUCCCCAUUACCCACCCCAACAUCUACCCCGACGGGCAGCUAUGCAUCUCGAUCCUACACAAGCCGGGCGAGGAUAUCAUGUCGGGCGAGGAGGCGAGCGAGAGAUGGUCGCCGCUGCAGGGGGCCGAGAGCGUGCUGCGCUCUGUUCUGCUGCUGCUUGAUGACCCCGAGAUCAACUCUCCGGCCAACGUCGACGCCGGCGUCAUGUACCGCGACCGCCGCGACGAAUACCUCCAGAAGGCCCGCGAGACCGUUGAUAAGUCCAAGAAGGACAUUCCCGUCGGCUUCGAGAUGCCGACGACUUUCGAAGCCGCGCCCCCGCCCAAGCAAGAGAACGACAACGACUUUUGGGCGGACGAGAGCGACGAGGAAUACGACUUUGGCGGUAGCGACACCGGCGACGAUGAAGAAAUGGGCGAUUUCGAGGACGAGGAAGAAGGCGAUGAGGAGGGCGAGGAAGACGAGGAGCAGGACGGCAGCGAGGAGGACGACGAGGAACACGAUGCCGUCUACUGA